CUCUCAUUGGUGUUUAGCCGACAGAUUAAAAGUGAAAGCAGAAAUGUUAUAAAGAAAGUAAAGUCGAUGUACAAAUGACCUGUUUGAAGGAGAUAAGUAGACGAAUUUUUGACAUUUCGAAGUUUACUAUUGCUUGGUUUUGAUUAAUGUUGCAUAAGUAAUUUGAAGAUGCGUUCACUGAACUAUGUUUUGACGUCUGUGCUUCUGUUGAUUGCUGAUGGCUUCACUGUUCAUGGUCCCUCUGCUCCUCUGUCUGCUUCUCUGGGAUCUUCAGUGGUUUUGCCCUGUUAUGUUGAUGAAGCUCUGCCAGUGGAGGAUCUGGAGGUGGAAUGGAGAAGAGCAGACUCAGAGACUCUGAUUCAUCUGUAUCAAGAUGGUGUGGGUCGACCAGAGGUCCAGCAGCAGGAUUAUCAUGAUAGAGCUCAUUUCUUUACUGAAGAGAUUCAACUUGGAAACUUCUCCCUCCGUCUGGACAAUCUGACAGCUCAAGAUGAAGGAGAAUAUACAUGUACAGUUCACAGUCAGCAGGAUUUUGGAGAAACUGUGGCUCAGAUAAAAGAUGUUGAGCGUUUGCUGGUGUCAGGCUCAGAGGAGUCCAUUUCUGCAUAUGUUGGUGAAGACGUGACUCUGAACUGCUCUGUAGACUCUCACAUCACACCUGAACACAUUGAAGUUUCAUGGAUAAGGACCGAUGGAGAUAUUCUGGUUCUGCUGUAUGAAAACAAUGAGACUGUACCAGAGGCAGCACAUGAGCAAUACCGAGACAGAGUUGAGUUCUUUACUGCUGAAAUCCCCAAAGGAAAUUUCUCUCUCAGACUGAAAAGCGUCAGAACUGAGGAUAAAGGAGUUUACAUGUGUCAAGUGUUUGCUGGAGAUUUAUCAGCCAAUGCAACUGUAGUCCUGGGGGGACUGGGUGAGUAA